AUGUCAGCUAUUUAUAAGGCAUUACAACCUAAAUCUUCUAAGGAAUCUUCAGAUAAAACCAAACAUAUCAAUAGACAAAGAUUGUUAGUGAUAUCAUCCCGUGGUAUUACUUAUAGACAUCGUCAUUUGAUUCAAGAUUUAUUAGCUUUAUUACCACAUGCCAGAAAAGAACCAAAAUUUGAUUCCAAAAAGAAUUUACAUCAAUUAAAUGAAGUUGCUGAAUUAUACAAUUGUAAUAAUAUUUUCUUUUUUGAAUGUAGAAAGCAUCAAGAUUUGUAUUUAUGGAUUUCUAAACCUCCAAAUGGUCCAACUUUAAAAUUCCAUAUUCAAAAUUUACAUACUUUGGAUGAAUUAAAUUUCACUGGUAAUUGUUUGAAAGGUUCAAGACCAAUUUUAAGUUUUGAUAAGAAUUUCUUAGAUAAUGAUCACUUCAAAUUAUUGAAAGAAAUGUUUAUUCAAACUUUUGGUGUUCCACCAAAUGCUAGAAAAUCAAAACCAUUCAUUGAUCAUGUCAUGACAUUCUCCAUUGUUGAUGGUAAGAUUUGGAUUAGAAAUUAUCAAAUUAAUGAAACUUUAGAUGUUAAAGAAAACGAUAAUGAUGAUGAUGUUGAUGUCGAUCAAUUAAACUUGGUUGAAAUUGGUCCAAGAUUAGUUUUGACCUUAAUUACUGUAUUAGAAGGUUCUUUUGGUGGUCCAAAGAUUUAUGAAAAUAAACAAUACGUUUCACCAAACUUUGUUAGAGCUCAAUUGAAACAACAAGCUGCUGAUCAAGCUAAAUCUAGAUCUCAAGCUGCUUUGGAAAGAAGAAUUAAAAAGAGAAACCAAGUCUUGAAACAUGAUCCAUUAUCCAACGAUGCAUUGUUUAAAUAG